CCACCAGUCCCUGUCACUUAGCUGUCAGGUCAAACACACAUGUCUAUUCAAAAAAAUUAUCGAUUUAUUAAGUAUUUCAUGCUGGUUAUGACUUAAAGUAACCGAGAAUCAAUCAUUCAAAAAAACUUUUUGAUAGUCAGCAAAGAUGUCUGAAAUACUAAACAAAGUGCGUGAAGUUGAUCCAAAUAACAGCGACGCAGUCAAAGAAGUACUGACAUCUUUUUUCCAAAACAUCGUAAAACAUACAGCAGUUAAUUGCAAUCAAUGGUUGCGAUCGUUGGACGAUGUACUUAGCCGGUUCCCAAGAUAUUGUUCCACACAUAAGACCACUAUAGAAACACAUCUCACACAUUUUAUAAAUAGCAGUAACUACUAUGAUGUCAUACAAGCCGCUAAAUGUGCCCAUGCUUUACAACAGGUACCAUGGCCUCAAAAUAAUAGUAUCACAGCCAAAUCAGCAUGGCGGGAUCAGAUGACUCUCUUAUGUGAUGCAGCGCAUUCCCUUAUAGAUGCUCUUUUCAUAGACACUGUUGAACUCAACAAGAAGGGAAGUAAACAGAAUAAUACGCAGAAGGAUUCUAUUUCACCGCUAACAGCAGCUUUGUCCGAAAUAAAUUUCACAGCCUCUGCAGGGACUACAAAUAGACAAACAUUAUUAGAAACUCGACUUAGAAAUGUAUUCAUUUUUAUACAGGCUAUGAUUGUAGAUAUUUAUCCAGUUCCAAAGCCAAUCCAGCCGCAGACAAUUUUAAAUGUAAUUGUCAGUUCCCUUAGUGCUACCAGUGGUAAGAAAUCUCAAGUCACCGAUGUUGGUUCACUCAAAAUUGAAGCGCUUAGAACACUAGACGCAUUAAAUGCUUGCCUUGGAGCAAAUCUGAUUCCCUUUUCGCCUUUAGUGUUCAGAAUAGUGAUGCAAACAUUUAGAUGGACUUCAGACAAUCAAACUGAUGGAUCAAGACAAGUCCGCUGUCACUCAUACAACAGUCUAAGCAACUGGCUAACCACACUGCACUCACACCGACUCUCAGGCCACACUUGGGAAGACGAAAUUGCUAUUCAUAUCAUUGAUGAUACCACUCCAAUGAAGAAAACAGUGGAACUUACUAUGACUGGAGGACAGCCUUUGAAAAAUCUAAGCAAAAAAGCUAGAAGAAAACUCCAGAACCAAAUGUUAAAAGAAAGCACAAUAGCUACGCACAUUCCAGGAGAGAAGAAUAAAGUUGUAGAAUUUGAAGAAAUUAAAAAUGACAUCUCUAUGGCAGCUUUGAGUUGUGCGGAAAUCUUCUUAUCCGUUUGUGGAGUUUUUUUGAAGCCAACAACACAUAAGUUAUUUCAAGAACAUUUAGUCCAUGAAUGUUUUAAUACUACAACAUACUCGGAUGAAUAUGUUCUAGCAUUGCUACGUACAUUAGAAGCUUCCAGAAAGACUGCCCCUGCAACAUUGCCUCCGCCUACACAGUACUGUCUGCAACUUUAUAGCACAUUGUCUAAUAACCAAUGUAUUAAGAUAGCGAGAUUUUGUUCGCAAGCAUUACUUGAUAUUAGAAUGCAUUUACAUUGCUCACCGCCAUCACUCAACUUUGCUUUAGAAGUGCCAAAAGAAAAGAAUCCAGUAGAAAAAUCAAAGUUUGUAUCAGAAAGAAAUAUAAAAGCGUUGAAAAAACUCCUUGGAAAAGACAGGAUGCCUAAUGAAGAUAAUAUAGAAGUGAUAACAAUUCACGAUGAACCAACAAAGAAGAGACCACGCUUGGAUCCGGAUAAUAUAAGUGUCAGCAGUGAAUCUGUAUGUUCAAUUGAAAUAAGUGAUGAUGACGAUGAAGUGACAGAAGAAUUAGAAAUUGAAAAAAAUGAAAAAACUAAAGAAGUUACAAAUAAUGUCGACGAAAAUGUGGACAUGCAAGCUGGUAAUACAGAACAAGUAGAUGGAACUACAAUAGAAAUUGAAAAUCAAAGAGUUGAUUUGGCUGACAAAACGGAAGUAGCUAACGAUCUAAAUACUAAGGUGACAAGUAUAUAUGACGCAAAGACACAAUUGGAAACUAACAUAUCAAACGAUGAUGUCGAUGAAGACAAUCAAACAUUGUCUAUGGAAGUAGCUUACGAUUUACCGACCGCUGUCGAUAAAGUGAGGGUUCUAGAGCAAGUGGAUGAUGAUAACCUACCAAGUACUAAUGAUACAGACGAUGUUCAGAUAACUUGUGGGCAAAUUGCCCAAACUUCACAAGAAAUAGAUAAAACUAAGGAAAGUGAUGAAAUUACGUUAGAUGAUAAGGAAGGAAAAGCAACAACAGAACCAGAUAAUACUUCUGUUGUAAUAACAAUUGAUGACGCAGCAUCAAGUAACAAAGCAGUUAAUAACGAGGAAGUAAUAAAUGUAGAUGGAACUAAUAAUCCAGAAGAUGACAUAGUAACCAUUGCGGUUGAAAAGACUAAUGGAAACAUAAAUGAAAUGAUAACCCAAGUUCCUGCUAACAAUAUUACCGAUAAGUUAUCCAAACCUGAUGAUGUUUCUGUAGAUGACAUGAUGGCUGAUUUUGUAGAUGAAGUUAAUGAUCAAACUGAGGAAGCGUAAUUUACAUUUAAUUCUUUAUAUUAAUUAGUAAUUAUGUAAGCGUAAUAUGUAUCUUGUGCCAAUCAAUGUUGUUUGCUAUGAUAAUAAAUGUAUUAUGUUGUACGUGCUGUAUGUUGUUUAUU